UGUUCAUGAAGUAAGCUGCCUCUGCGCCCUUAUAGUAGUUGAACCACACAGUGCCUUGAAACUGGUCCCCGGCAUCCAGCAGCAACACGUUCUUCUCCUUCCUGCGGAUCUCAGACACCUUCGUGAAGCGGCGAGCCACCCCGGCGAAGCAGGGGCUCCCGGUCAUGCACUUCCCGGAAUCUUCGCUGGUCUCCUCGAUCCGUGCGUGGUUGUCGUUUGUGUGCAGCAGGGUCAGCUCGAAGCUCGAACCCACGGCCGAUGUAUGGAACAACAGCAGCAAGUGGAGACCAGCACAGACAGGUUUCCACGGCAUGGUGAUUUCGGAUAUCUUGAAAAUCCAAACAUGGCUGACCUAGCAGCUCAGCGUGGCCGCCUCCCCCCCAUGUGACAUCUCAUUAUCACUUGGACGAGAUGAAGACGAAUCCUGCAGCGGAGGUUUUUGGGGAGUCACCACUGCCUCGACUUCCUGGACCACAAGAACUGAAAGAUGACCAAUGCAAAUGUUGCUGCUGAUGGAAACAUCUCACAUUUUCACCCACUAGGAGGGGGGGUCCAAGGAGACAGCACCUCUGGAGAACCUGUUGCCCUUCAUGCGGAUUAUGUCCCCCACAUACUGGAAGAGCAGGACAUCAUGAUUGGUCUUGUCAGGAUGAAGAAGAGUGAACUUUUUUUCACACGAGGACUGGAUUACAAGUGAAAGUAAAAGGGCAUUUUCAAUGUGAUGGCGUCUUUUGCGUAAUUCCACCCCAAACAUGUCAGACGGUGGGCAGACAAUGAGAAAAAAGUGACUGACAAGUGAUGGAGGUCGCCGGUCAAGUGGAGCCCACCCAGCCGGUGAACGCCUCCAACCUCAGCCUGCCGGAGGAUGCGUCCGAGGCGGGCUCAGGCGCGCACAGCCUCGCCUACCAGAUCAGCUUGGCGUCUCUGCUGUCCGCCAUCACUCUGGCCACCAGUCUCUCCAACGCCUUCGUCAUCGCCACCAUCUCCCAGUCUAAGAAGCUCCAGACGCCAGCCAACUUCCUCAUCGCCUCCCUGGCUGUCACCGACCUGCUGGUGUCCAUCCUGGUCAUGCCCGUGUGCGUCCUCUACACGGUCAUCCACGAAUGGACGCUGGGUCAGGUGAUUUGCGACAUCUGGCUCUCGUCGGAUAUCACCUGCUGCACGGCGUCCAUUCUCCACCUGUGCGUCAUCGCUUUGGACCGCUACUGGGCCAUCACGGACGCAGUGGAGUACUCCAAGAAGCGCACGCCGGGACGCGCGGCAGGCAUGGUGGCCACCGCCUGGGUGAUCGCUAUCUCCAUUUCGCUUCCUCCUCUCUUCUGGAGGCAAGUGAAAGCGGAUGAGUUGACAAGCUGCAGCGUCAACACGGACCACAUCUUUUACACUAUCUACUCCACCUUCGGCGCCUUUUACAUUCCCACCUUGCUGCUCAUCGUCCUCUACGGGCGCAUCUACGUGGAAGCACGCAAGCGCAUCCUUAAGCAGUCCCCCAAGCGGAAGAAGAGGAAGACGCCUGGUAAGAGGCUCACCUCGGCGUACUUGGCAACAGGCUCCCCCAGCUCCAACGCCUCCACCAGCCCCUUGCAAGGAGGGAGACUGCAGGAUGCUCCGUCCAGCGACACUAACUCGUCCACCAGCGAGAACCAGGUGAAGGUCACUCUGUCUGACGCUGCUCUCGAGAAAAAGCGCAUCUCUGCAGCCAGGGAGAGGAAGGCCACCAAGACUUUGGGGAUCAUCCUGGGGGCUUACAUCAUCUGCUGGCUGCCAUUCUUCAUCUACACGCUGGUGGUGGCCAUAUGUGACACCUGUACCAUACCCGAGCUCUUUGAUUUCUUCACCUGGCUGGGCUACCUGAACUCCCUCAUCAACCCCAUCAUUUACACCAUGUCCAACGAGGACUUCAAGAAGGCUUUCCACAAACUGGUGCGCUUUAGGUGCUGCAGGGGCUGAUCCUUUCUGUUGUUUAUUGAAAAAAAAUUGAAUAAGAUGAUGCCAUAACUAAUAUUUGAAAGCCAUGAGUGUGGAAAACAUCAGGGCAAGAGUCUAGUAUGAUUCAAUCUGCUAAAAAAAAAUAAAAUAUAAGAUAAAUCAUUGCAACAUUACUUGCAUAAUCUAAUGACAUCCAAUGCAAGAGUUAAUAUAAAAAUUUAGUGUAAUAUCAUCGUGUUCAUUGAGUAGGGUUUCUGUUAUUGUCAUGCAUCCACAGUAACACAUGUAUUUUUUGAUUAAUCUAAAAAAUAUAAUCAUUAUAAUACAAAAGUGUCAAAUAAAAAAGAUUAUUAUUUAUUUUUUUAAAUUUUCGUUUUAUUUAUUUUGUUUUUUAUUUAUUCUAUUUUCUAGUAAUUUAUUAUUUUGUUAUGUAUUAUUUUGUAAUCUUGUUUUGUAUACCAUUAGGUGAUUACUGACACUUUAUGUUGAUUGUGUUAUUUAAUAUUUUAUGACCAAUUAAUAUAAUUUAACUUUUAAUUUUAUUAUUAUUUUUGUAUUAUUUAUUUUUUUAAUGUAGCACUUGUAUUGGAUCCAUUUAGAUUGGCACUGAAAAUACAGCAGUUAGCCGUACGUUAUAUUUUAACGUAAUAUAAUUGAAUAAUGGUAAUUUCUUUUUUAUUCCAUUAUUUAUGUAUUUAUUUCCCCUUGAAGAAGCUGUUGUAUUGGAUCCCAUUAGAUUGUGCAAGUAGUCAAUCGGUCAUCAUAAACCUUUGCACAAUUGUGACUCAUGCAAAUGUAUGUGUCUUGGUAUAUUUUGGAGAAACGAUCAUCUUUGAUAUCAUGGUUCAGCUUCUUAUGUUUUAUUAUGUCACACGGCUGGAAAAAAAAAUGUUAAAUGAAAGAUUCAUGCUGUGUGUGCUGCUAUCGACUGUGUGUGUGUGUGUGUUGACUGCUGUUUGACCCUCACACGCGAACAUUCAUCUCGUUCCUCUCGGAGAUGCUGUGCAAUAAAGACUUUCAAGUAUUUGUUGGGCCUAUUCUGUGAGAUUUGGAUGCGUGUCCUUUUUUGGAAUUUAUCUUGGUGUAAUUCCACGC